ACCCCGGCGGUAGAGCUUACGAUCACGAUUAGAGAUUAGAGGCGCGCAAGAGGUGUUUUGCAAGUGGUUUGGUGGUCGCAGCACUGACACUGCUACACCGCAUCCUCGUGAAUAGUGUAGGCAACUGGUUUGGGACGUUCGUAGUAAGUUUGACCAUGGGAGGACCAUGAUGACGGAGCCGAAAAGACAGUGCUAGUGAGUAGACGGAUGACUCCUCUGAUCUGAGUUCACGUGGAUCUACGUAGCUUCGGAGUCGGAGUGUAGCUAGCUAGGUCUAGACGUCUAACAAGUAACAGAGUCCACUACUGGCAGUACUGCAGUUGGACAGGUGUGACACCAGCAAGCCAAAUGCCAUCCUUCCAAGUCAAGCUUCAAGAGCUAGAGUCAAGGCUUGGAGGAGGGGCCGGCAGCAUGUCGGCAUCCGACCCGCCUGCCAAGGCCAAGCCACCGUCGCACCCCAGGCCGACUAUAAUCAAUGCCAGAGCUGGACCCCCAGGGCGGCCAGCUGCCAAACCAGGCGCCGCACCUUCAGGGGAGGCUGGUAAUGCAGGACCAGGUAGACCACCACCGGCUGCUAGUCGGCCUGGUCGACCUCCGGCACGUCCAACUUCCACAGUUGGCGAUUCCAGUAACGAUUCUCCCAAGCCCCCGCAGCCGAAAGGUCGGCCCGCACCGCCACCAUCCAGACCCGUACCAUCGUCGAGGAGUUCACAGGUCGAUGAACCAGAUGCUGCUGCGGAGUCAAUCGAUGAAGCAGCUGCUGCGGCCGCUGCACCACCAACUCCCACUCGCUCUACAGCAAGUGCCGAUGCUGUAUCUCAGAGAAAGACAGAUGGACCAGCCGCUGCACCGGCCAGUCGACCACCACCACCGGUCGUUAGUGGCAGACCUGCCAAGCCCGGUCCACCGGUGGGAGGCCGUCCUCCACCGCCUCGUCCCAAGUCUGUCGUCAAUGAAGAAGCGGCACCAGCAGCAGUAGAGUCGGAUGUUGUAGCUGAUGAAGCUCCCAGCAGCACUCCUGCAACCGUCCCGUCACAACCCGGUCCUCGUCCACCCCCACCAGCAGUUGCGUCUCGACCUGGACCACCUCGACCGGCACCAUCAGGCUCCCGGCCACCUCCUCCCAAGCCGGCUGCUGGGCCGGCCAAGCCCGCCGCACCUCCGGCAGCAAAGGCAUCAAGGCCACCCCCAGCGGGAGCAAGACCGCCGCCACCUCGCCAGGCUAGCGUCGACACUCCACCGCGCUCGGGCAGCGUCAGUGCUCCCGGCCGACCGCCGCCAGCGACUGCCAAACCGCCCAAGCCCAAACCACCAACUCCCGCAUCACCUCCCGAAGUGGCAGUAGCAGAGCCAGAAGCAGAGCCCGCUCUGGCUGCAGCUGUAGAAGUGAUGGCAGAGGAUGAAAGGGCCACUCAGCCUGCUGAAGAGACCUCUGCAGAUCGUGUUGUAACGGGUGAAGCAAGGGUCGAGGAAGAAGCUGCGCCAGCACCAAGCCCAGCACCACCAGUUGCACAGGCCAAGCCUAAACCACCCAAGCCCACAACGCCAAGACGGAAUCUACCCCGGGAAACUUCACAGGACCGCGUUGUUCCAGGCGAGGAAGCGGCGCCAGAGGGUGGCAAGGCAAGUGUUUCUGCUGCUCCUAAGCCUAGUAAACCCAAGCCACCGAAGCCAGGUCCUCCGCCGGUAGUGAAGAAGGUGGAAGAUGAUGAUGUCCGUCAUGUCACUGGCCAGGAGCGAUCUCCGUCGCAGAGUCCUUCAGGUCCUCCAGAAGUCACGGAAGAACCAGUCCGCGAUAUCCUGUUCGAGUCGUGCAGUGCUGGCGAGUUCCACCCGUACAGUACAUGGGCUCUGUCCAACUGUGCACGAGCACCGCAGCGACUGCCCGCCCGCAUCCGGCUGCGACUGGCCGAUCCCGCCGUAUGCAGCAGCAGCAGCAGCAAUGACGUGGGGAAACCCCUGGAUAGUGUGACCGCGUUGCGCUUGGCCGUUGAAGUGCGGCUUGGCGCGCCGUACGAAGGCUGGCGGCAAGUGGCGUGGGUGCCCGGUGAAGCUCACAACCCUCUGCUGCGUAUCGGGCAGCCGAACGAGCUGGCGUGCAUCCUACUGGCGAUUCGCCUUACCCCGCGCUACGAACCUGCGUUCCAUGUCGUCGUGUUCAGAGCGUGAUGGUGGAUUUCUCCACAAUAGAGACCUUGAGAUAUGUUUAUCGGUUGAGAGAGAGACGAGAGACAGAGAGGGAAAGAGAGCGUUGAGUGGAGUGGCACUUUGUCGGGACAUGCCAUGUAUAAGAUGACCCAUCCUGAUUGCUAUCGGCUGGUUCGACUCAUCUUCACCGCCUCGUUCUGCUGUACCGAAUGCUACAACCAUUGUGUGGGCUACAUAUUCAUAGAUACAUCUCUGGUGUACCAUUGAGAGUUGCUGAGCCCACUGUAACCAUCUUCCUAACUGCUACCUGUAACACUGCUCUUGUAACAUGAACAUUACCUGUGUAUUGGCUAAGUUAGCGGGUGCCUGGUAACGUCUUGCAAAUAGAAACUGCUGCUGGACUUCACUCCACCUGGCUGCCUUGUUCUGGUAAUUCCGUCCUUAAAAUGGCGAUUUAACUCUUGCUAAUCCGUUCAACAGUCUAACUAGCUAACCUGAACAAUGAUCAUUUAUCACAACUAUAAAUUGUGAAUUGCUAUCAUGCUUGAAGUGCAAUGUCAAGACUCUAGACAUUCAGUAGUCUUCUUGACUAUGGCUCUA